CUCGGGGGAGCGCACGCAAGACGAUCUGCUCGACGAUUGUGAAAAGCGACUUCUCACUAUGAUUAAUCCCAUUGUCUUCAGUUUUUUGAUCAGUGGUGCCUUAUUACUAGUUGUCUCUGGUAAUGGUAUUGAGCAGUUGAUGGUUGCAGAAGGUCCCAUCCCACAGAACUUUUGUAACAGCAGCGACCUUCUUGAAGAAGCAGGUCUAAUCAAAUCGACACUUGGACAGUUUCUAGGUUAUGAAUGCAGUGAAGAAUUCUAUCACUGCAGGUGGCAAAGUGAUGGCUUCCGAACAUAUCGGAAAAAGUGUAAACCAGGACUUGUGUACGAUGUUCUUGGAACUCAAAACUGCAACUACGACUACAAUGUGAAAAGCUGUGGUGUGAGAAGUGGAGGACCAGUUCAAUGCAAUGGUACAGAUUUCCACUGUCCAUUAUCCGAGCAGUGUGUUCCAAUGUCAUCAAGAUGUGAUGGACAUUAUGAUUGUUCGAUGGAAGAGGAUGAACAGAAUUGCCCUCUUUGUACUGCUGGAGAAUUCGCUUGCAAAGUUUCGGAACAAUGUAUUUCUCUGGAUAGAAGAUGUAACGGAUUGAUUGAGUGUGAUGAUGGAACCGACGAAAGAGAUUGCGAUGUUUGUGGACAUGGUCUAUUCCAUUGCGGAAAAAGUAAUGAAUGUAUCCCAAUGGACGAAAGAUGUGAUGGAAGACGACAAUGUCCCCAUGGAGAAGACGAGAUGCUCUGCAAAAAACCAGAAACUGAAAAGAAGUUUACUUGCCAAUCUCGUGAUUAUGAAAUUCCCACUAAUCAAGUAUGUGAUGGUAUGCCACAGUGUCCGGAUGGCUCCGAUGAAGCUUAUUGUGAAUAUCCUGGUUCACCAAAGUCUCAGGCAGCAAUCUCUUUCUCAUCAAAUUUGACACCUGCAUCUGAAUCUAGACCAGCUCCACCUCCACCAACACCAGCACCAGAACAACCUGAUCAAGAGGAAGAAGCUGAAGAAGAUUACGACUACGAGCAAAUCAAAGACGAAAAUGCUCCAGCAGCAUUCCCAAUGAUCUCUCUUGGGCCAUUACCUCCAAUCGCAACUACCACUACCACUUAUACUCCACCAACUACACGAGUUAUGACUAGACCUCCACAAGUUGCUACAAGAGUUGCUAAGCCAGCUUUCAGCAGGCCAAGACCAAAGAUCUCAGCUACAGAUGACAACAGACCAACAAUCAGCUCCAAGGCCAGCCAGACAAACAGUGUCAGAGUAACAAGACCACCCAAGACCCUCGAAACAAGCCGAACCAGCCUACGAACCACCUCUCAAACACUACCCCCAGCACGACAAACUACAUCGAAUUUCGAAAAGAAAAUGCCACAAGCCAUUGUGCAACCACCUAGAUCUCCUCCAGCCCUACCUCAACCAAAAGGAGAAAAAGUAUUCAUAAUGCAAGUAACAGCUUCUCCUUCCAUUCGACCAUCUCUUCAAGAGCUCCCAAGAGCUUCAUCUGGUUCACGACCAGCUUCAAAAUCAUUGCCUGUUAAAGUACCAAGUAUGAGCAGUGACAACAUUCUUGCACAAAUCACCAGUCAAAUGAAUGGUGGUAUGAGUCCAGAACUACUCGCAAAAAUUGAAACGAUAAUAAAAUCAGAAAUGCAAGGUGGCGGACCACGUCACCGAAGGUUUCAGCCACGCCUUUGAAGUGCUGAAAAUCAAUUCAAACCCUUGACAGUAUUGUAUUAUUUUGAUGAUCAUAAUUUAUUGAGAUGUUCUAUUUUCGGUGAAAAAAAUAAUAAAAAUGUAAACAUAUAU